AUGUCUAAAUCCCUGAAAUCAUAUGGGGUACCUUCCUCGAGCACUGGGCUUGCGAUGCCAACUAUCGAAGCAGUCAACUUUGAGAUCAAGCCAGCUCUAAUCUCCAUGGUCUCACAAAAUCAAUAUGAUGGUCAUCCAUCUGAUGAACCCACCAACCACCUGCAAAGGUUCAACCAACUAUGUGGCACUAUCAAGCAUCAAGGGGUUACUCAAGACCAAAUGAAGGAGAUAGAGUGGAGUGCUAUUUCACAGGCCUUUCUGGAAGAAUUUUUUCCGCCCACCAAGACUGCUGAAAUAAGGCACAAGUUGACUACAUUCACGCAAGAACCUAGAGAGUCACUUCGAGAAGCCUGGGAUAGAUUCAAGGCAUUGCAGCGGUCGUGUCCGCAUCACAAUAUUGAAAAUGAAGUGGAUGCAUGUUAUGAUUUCCUUGUCAAUCUUGAUGCCAAUCACUAUAGCGCCACCAAAACCACAUCUAAAAGGGGCAAGAUGGACGUUGAUUCUUAUACUCUAUUGUCCUCACAAGUGGCAGCCUUGAACCUAAAGAUCGAUGCUUUGAAGGCCCCUCAGUCUGGUACUCCCCCAAUGAGUAUCAAUGCUAUGUCUAGUGUAGCUCCAGUGACAAGUUCUUACUGUGAAGUUGGAGGAAUCAUCCAAAUUUCUCAUAUCAGAGCAACAAUGUUCAAAAUCUUCAACCCCAGCAACAAUGGUCACAACCACAGUUCCAUCCACCUCAGCCACAUGUUGCUAGGCCUCCAUUUCCACAAGGAGCCUCAUAAUGCUCCCCCGGGGUUUAAUAGACCCCAGCACCAAGGCUAUCAGCAACAACCUCCGCAGAGCAAUGCUACUCAAGAGCCUAACAUGAGUGAUUUGUAUAAGCUCAUAGCAAAUAUGCAGAAGACCUCAGAGAUUUCUCAAAAGAACCACGAUGAGAGCAUAAAGGAGUUGAAGAAUCAAAAUAGAAUGUUGGAGAACCAAGUUGCUCAACUCGCUGAUACUUUGUCAAAAAGGCAACCGGGUAAAUGA